AUGGGGAUCUUCAGAUCCGAGCGAAUGAGGUUAGGCACCCUGGUGCUGCCUCAGGAGGGGGCGAGGGAUUUCAUCACCGCCAUCGGAACCGCCGUAAAAGUGCAAAUUCAAGACAUGAACGGCCACAGCCUGUGCCGGGGGUACCGCCGGCAGCUGCAGCGGCUGGAAGAGCUGGAGAGGAUGCUGCGUUAUUUGAAAGAGAAAAUAGAAGAAAUAUCUGGACUUUCUCAUGACUUGGACAGAGCAGCAGACGCAGCAGCAGCAGCAGCAGCAGCAGCAGUCCACAGCAGCGCCGCUGCAGCAGACCCCCGCGACGUCGAGGCCGGCGGCGGACCCGCAGCAGCAGCAGCAGCAGCAGCAGCAGCAGCAGCAGCCAAGCCCCAGGUGUAUGUACUCGACAAAGUAGAAGACAUGCUCAAUAAGGUGUACGGACAGUUCCUCAGAUUUGCCCAAAACAAUGAAGACCUCAAGAGGGAGAAAAUCGCCGCUGAAGAGGAGCUGGCGGUGGUUUCAUUUGCUGCCUCACAGCUGAGGUCUUCGCUUCGUUCCCCGUGGCGACUUGAUCCCGGGUCAGCAGCAGCAGCAGCUGCAGCAGCAGCAGCAGCUGCUGCUGAGGAUGUUGAAAUAGCAGCUACUAGCGCCUGCAGCAGCAGCAACACGCUGCAGCAGCAGCAGCAGCAGCAGCAGCAAACCAACACUCCCAGAGCAGUCGCAGCUGACUCCCACGCGCGCUCGUCUUCAGCGCGCCGCCGGCGGCCGACGCAGCUGAGCAGCAGCAGCAGCAGCAGCAGCAGCUUGCAGACGGAGCUGCAGCAGCAGGAGCAGCAGCAAAACUUUCCCUACUCUGCUUCCAGGCGCCUUUUGGGCACUGGGGGUUUUCCUUUAGAAAACGCAGACAUCAGCAACUUGGUCUUUUCUUCUGUCGCGGGAAUCAUCUUUGCAAAAGACCAGGAGCGGUUUGCACGGGCCAUGUUUCGCUCGACGCGUGGGAAUGCAUUUACACAUUUCAAAAGAUUAGAUGAGGAAGAACUUGCGACCCACCCGAAUUCGUCGGAGCCCAAGUCUUUAUUCGUAACUUAUUUCCAGGGUGCAGCAACUGGGUCUGCCUUUAUGGAGAAGGUGAAGUGCGUGUGUUCGGCGAUGGGGGCGCGCACGUACGCGUGGCCGCACAGCGGCGAAGAGGCGCAGCAGCGGCAGCUGCAGCUGCAGCAGUUGCUGCGGGACAAAGCAGCAGCAGCAGCAGCAUAUGAGCAGUACUUUUUGAACGAAGUAGGAGUGUUUUUGGAGUCCGUGCCUGCGGUAAACCUGCCGCUGGUUCCUGCUGCUGCUGCAGCAGCAGCAGCAGCAGCGGCGGCGCCCGGCGACCGCAGCGCAGCAGCAGCAGCAGCAGCAGCAGCAGCAGCAGGCCUCCGCCGCCGCCCCCUCAUCACCGAGCUGCAGCGCUUCGUCUUUAGAGAACGAGCUGUAUAUACAACUCUCAAUCUUUUUGCUUUUUCUGAUGCAACUCUUCAAGCAGAUUGUUGGUUUCCAGAAAGCCACGAGGCCGCCUUUCGACAGACCCUCGCGCAAGUCGCGGCCGAAAAGAGCACUUCGGCGUUUUUGCUGGUGCACGGGGGCUGCGUGGUUUCGGCUCCGACAUAUUUUCGAGUUUGCAGCUUCAUGAGUCCUUUUCAAAACUUAGUUGAAACUUACGGAGUUGCAAACUACAGAGAGUUAAAUGCUGCAGUGUUUGCUGCUGCUGUUUUUCCCUUUCUCUUUGGAAUUAUGUUUGGAGACGUGGGCCACGGGCUGCUGCUGCUGGCCCUUGCUGCUGCACUUUGCUGCUGCAGCAGCAGCAGCAGCAAAGUCUUCACCGACGAACUCCUGCGCCUCCUCUUCGACGCCCGCCACCUUUUGCUGCUAAUGGCUUUACACUCCAUCUUCGCCGGCUGUAUGUACAACGAAGUCUUUAGCAUGGGUCUAAAUCUCUUUAAUUCCCGUUGGUACCAUUUGGGGGCCCCCCCUGGGGGCCCCCCUGGGAGCCCCUUGGGGGGCCCCCCCGGGGGCCCCCACGAGGGCCCCUUGGGGGCCCCCCAGGAGGGUCACCCGGGGGGUCACCUGGGGGGCCCCGUGGAGGGCCACCUGGGGGCCCCCUUAGGGGGAUCCCCUGGGGGCCCCCCGGGGGUUCCCCCGGGGCCCCUUUUCCAGUCAAGAGAGGGGCCCUAUCCGUUUGGGGUUGAUCCUGCGUGGAGAGGAGCUUCGAAUGAACUGCUGUUUCUAAAUUCACUCAAGAUGAAGUUUGCUGUUAUCGUGGGGUUUCUGCACAUGUGUCUGGGGCUGUUUCUGGCGGUGCUGAACUGCGUGGAGUUUCGGGACUGGCGGAAUUUGCUGCUGGUGGUUUUGCCGCAGUUUUUGUUUUUUGUUUGCCUUGUGGGGUUUUUGUGUUUUUUAAUUGUUUUAAAAUGGAUAGCUCCUUCGCAACUUUACAACAAACCCUCCCUCAUUGCAGUCCUCAUUGACUUCCUCCUCGCAGCAAACCCUAGCAGCAGCAGCGAGCUCAAACUCUUCGACCAACAGCCCCAAGUUGAACGCGUGCUGCGUCUGGUGAUGCUGCUAUGCCUCCCUGUGAUGUUUUUGGGGAAGCCGCUGUUUGAGGUGUACGUACGGCGGAAGAAAAGACCGCCUCCAGGAUUUCAGUCUUUGAAUAGUUUGGAGUCGAGUUCGAUUCAACUACAGCCGCUGCAGCAGCAGCCGCUGCAGCAGCAGCAGCAGCAGCAGCAGGUGGAGCUGGGCUGCGCUGCAGCGGCGCAGCGGGAGCUGGAGCUGCCGGGGUCGUUCUCGGGAACGCGGGCUCGUGGGCGCGUGGGACUUGGUGCAGCAGCAGCAGCAGCAGCGCCGCCCCCCCCCGCAGCAGCAGCAGCAGCAGCAGCAGAGGAUGAGCUGGCGCAGCUGUGGCUGCACACUUUGGUGGAAGCUAUUGAGUUCGUGCUCGGCACUGUCAGCAACACAGCUUCUUACUUAAGGCUCUGGGCCCUUUCUCUCGCCCACCAGCAGCUCGCCCUCGUCUUCUUCGACAAGACUGUGGGCGCGGCUUUUCUCCCGGGCCAAACCGUCACGCAAAUGGCCUUCAAGGUCCGCAGUUAG